AUGUGUGAAAGAGGGAGAGAAAGACUAGUGAUGUGGUUGUGUGAGAGACCAAAAUGGGUGAGAAACUAUGUGAACCAUGGUGUGUUAUCCAAAAAGCUUUACAAAUAUAACCUCUGUGAGGUUGUGAAGCAUGCAUGUGUGAGUGAGACAGAGAUAAGGGACAGUGAGCUGUGUGUGUGAGAGAAGUAAGAUUGGGGGUAUGUGUGAAGGUGUUGGUGAAUCACCACGUGUGCUUAUAUUCAUGUCCUCAGACAAUGGAAAUGUGACUGUGUAUAUGUGCUUGUUUUGGGGUGCUUGUGAUUGUGUCCUCCGUGUGACCACGAAACCUGUGUUAGUGUUUGUAUGUCACCCUGUAUACCCAUAAUUGUGGCCCUGUAUGACUGCUGUGUAUGGAGAGACUACUUGGGAGAUUGAUAGGAUUGGAUUCUUUAUGUGUGGCUGUUUGGAAUUGUGUGUUGCCAGGAUAGGAAAUGUGGAAUAGAAUUCCUGUCCCCAGUCCAAGGGUUUCAGUAAGAAGCAAAAGCUGGGGUGACUGAAGCUCCUAACUGAAGCAGGAGACACCCUCACUUCUGUGUGACAGGAAGCCUUGCCCUCCCAAGACACUGUUCUUCAAGAGAAAGACCAGAAGAGAAGGCAAAAAUGAAUGUUGAAGUAGUAAAAGUCAUGCCCCAGGACUUAGUGACAUUCAAGGAUGUGGCAAUAGAUUUUUCCCAGGAAGAAUGGCAAUGGAUGAACCCUGCUCAGAAGCGUUUAUACAGGAGUAUGAUGUUGGAGAACUAUCAGAGCCUGGUAUCACUUGGUCUUUGCAUUUCUAAGCCAUAUGUGAUCUCCUUAUUGGAGCAAGGGAGAGAGCCUUGGGAGAUGACGAGUGAGAUGACAAGAAGCCCAUUCUCAGAUUGGGAAUCUAUAUAUGUGACACAGGAAUUACCUCUGAAGCAGUUCAUGUAUAAUGAUGCAUGCAUGGAGGGAAUUACAAGCUAUGGACUUGAGUGUUCCACUUUUGAAGAAAAUUGGAAAUGGGAAGACCUUUUUGAGAAGCAGAUGGGAAGUCAUGAGAUGUUUAGCAAGAAAGAAAUAAUCACUCAUAAAGAAACCAUCACUAAGGAAACAGAAUUCAAAUAUACUAAAUUUGGGAAAUGUAUCCAUCUGGAAAACAUAGAAGAGGGUAUUUAUAAUCACACAUCAGAUAAAAAAAGCUUCUCCAAAAAUUGUAUGGUAAUAAAACACAAGAAAGUCUAUGUAGGAAAGAAGCUUUUUAAAUGUAAUGAAUGUGACAAAACCUUCACCCAUAGCUCAUCCCUUACUGUUCAUUUUAGAAUUCAUACUGGUGAAAAACCAUAUGCAUGUGAGGAAUGUGGAAAAGCCUUCAAGCAAAGGCAACACCUUGCUCAACAUCACAGAACACAUACUGGAGAGAAACUCUUUGAAUGUAAAGAAUGUAGGAAAGCCUUCAAACAAAGUGAACACCUUAUUCAGCAUCAAAGAAUUCAUACUGGAGAAAAACCAUAUAAAUGUAAGGAAUGCAGAAAAGCCUUCAGACAGCCUGCACACCUUGCUCAGCAUCAGAGAAUUCAUACUGGAGAGAAACCCUAUGAAUGUAAAGAAUGUGGCAAAGCCUUCAGUGAUGGCUCGUCUUUUGCUCGACAUCAGAGAUGUCACACUGGCAAAAGACCCUAUGAAUGUAUUGAGUGUGGGAAGGCUUUUAGGUAUAACACAUCUUUUAUUCGUCACUGGAGGAGUUAUCAUACUGGAGAGAAGCCUUUUAAUUGCAUUGAUUGUGGGAAAGCCUUCAGUGUUCACAUAGGACUUAUUCUGCAUAGGAGAAUUCAUACAGGAGAGAAACCUUACAAAUGUGAUGUGUGUGGAAAAACCUUCAGCUCUGGUUCAUCCCGUACUGUACACCAGAGAAUUCAUACAGGAGAGAAACCUUAUGAAUGUGAUAUAUGUGGGAAAGAUUUUAGCCAUCAUGCAUCACUCACUCAGCAUCAAAGAGUACAUUCUGGAGAGAAACCGUAUGAAUGCAAGGAAUGUGGGAAAGCCUUUAGGCAGAAUGUACACCUUGUUAGUCAUUUGAGAAUUCAUACUGGUGAAAAACCCUAUGAAUGUAAAGAAUGUGGAAGAGCUUUUAGAAUCAGUUCACAGCUGGCUACUCAUCAGAGAAUUCAUACUGGAGAGAAGCCUUAUGAAUGUAUUGAAUGUGGAAAUGCUUUCAAACAGAGAUCACACCUUGCCCAACAUCAGAAAACUCAUACAGGAGAGAAACCUUAUGAGUGUAAUGAAUGCGGGAAAGCCUUCAGCCAAACUUCCAAUCUUACUCAACAUCAAAGAAUUCAUACUGGAGAGAAACCCUAUAAAUGUACUGAAUGUGGAAAGGCUUUUAGUGAUAGCUCAUCCUGUGCUCAGCAUCAAAGACUCCACACUGGCCAAAGGCCCUAUCAGUGUUUUGAAUGUGGGAAGGCAUUCAGAAGAAAGUUAUCCUUAAUUUGUCAUCAAAGUCGUCAUACUGGAGAAGAACCUUAAGAAUGUAGUGCAUGUGGCCAAGCCUUUAGUUAUCAUCAAUCCCCUACUGUUAAUCAGAGAUGUCCCACUGGAUAAAAAACAUAUAAAUAUAAGAAAUGUAGAAAAACCUUCAGCCAGGAGGCUGGCAAGAUGGCCGAAUAGGAACAGCUCUGAUCUGCAGUUCCCAGUGAGAUCAACGCAGAAGGUGGGUGCUUUCUGUAUUUCCAGCUGAGGUACCUGGCUCAUCUCAUUGGGACUGGUUAGACAGUGGGUGCAGCCCACGGAGGGUGAGCUGAAGCAGGGAGGGGCGUAACCUCACCUGGGAAGUGCAAGGAGUCGGGGAUCUCCCUCCCCUAGCCAAGGGAAGCCAUGAGGGACUGUGCCAUGAGGAAUGGUGCACUCCGGCGCAGAUACUACGCUUUUCCCAUGGUCUUCGCAACCCACAGACCAGGAGAUUCCCUUGGGUGCCUAUGCCACCAAGGCCCUGGGUUUCAAGCACAAAACUGGGUGGCCAUUCGGGCAGACACCAAGCUAGCUGUAGGAGUUUUUUUGAUAGCCCAGUGGCACCUGGAAUGCCAGUGAAACAGAACCGCUUACUCCCUUGUUAAGGGGGCUGAAGCCGGGGAGCCAAGUGGUUCCCAUGCCCACUGAGCCCAGCAAGCUAAGAUCCACUGGCUUGGAAUUCUCGCUGCCAGCACAGCAGUCUGAAGUCAACCUGGGAUGAUCAAGCUUGGUGGGGGGAAGGGCGCCAACCAUUACCAAAGCUUGAAUGGGUGGUUUUCCCCUCACAGCAUAAACAAAGCCAUGGGGAAGUUCCAGCUGAGCAGAGCCCUCCACAGCUCAGCAAAGCCUCUGUAGCCAGACUGCCUCUCUAGAUUCCUCCUCUCUGGGCAGUGCAUCUUUGAAAAAAAGUGCAGAUAAAACCCUCAUCUCCCUGGGACAAAGCACGUGGGGGAAAGGGGUGGCUGUGGGCACACCUUCAGCAGACUUAAACAUUCCUACCUGCCAGCUCUGAAGAGAGCAGCAGUUCUUCCAGCACAGCGCUUGAGCUCUGCUAAGAGACAGACUGCCUCCUCAAGUGGGUCCCUGACCCCCAUGCCUCCUGACGGGGAGACAUCUCCCAGCAGGGGUCCACAGACACCUCAUACAGGAGAGCUCUGGCUGGCAUCUGGUGGGUGCCCCUCUGGGACAAAGCUUCCAGAGGGAGGAACAGGCAGCAGUCUUUGCUGUUCUGCAUCCUCCACUGGUGAUACCCAGGCAGACAGGGUCUGGAGUGGACCUCCAGCAAACUCCAGCAGACCUGCAGCCGAGGGACCUCACUGUUAGAAGGAAAACUAACAGGAAUAUAAUCAACAUCAACAAAGGACAUCCACACAGAAACCCCGUCUGAAGGUCACCAGCAUCAAAGACCAAAGGUAGAUAAAUUCACGAAGAUGAGGAGAAACCAGUGCAAAAAGCCUGAAAAUUCCAAAAACCAGAAUGCCUCUUCUCCUCCAAAGGAUCACAACUCCUUGCCGGCAAGGGAACAAAACUGGAUAGAGAAUGAGUUUGACAAAUUGACAGAAGGAGGCUUCAGAAGGUGGGAAAUAACAAACUCCUCUGAGCUAAAGGAGCAUGUUCUAACCCAAUGCAAGGAAGCUAAGAACCUUGAAAAAAGGUUAGAGGAAUUGCUAACUAGAAUAACCAGUUUAGAGAAGAACAUAAAUGACCUGAUGGAGCUGAAAAACACAGCAUGAGAACUUCGUGAAGCAUACAGAAGAAAAACCUUCAGCCAGAUUGAAUGCUUUACAUGGAAGAAUUCAUACUGCAGAGAGGUCUUAACAAUGUAAAGAAUGUGCAAAUGUCCUCAGACAAGAUGCACACCUUGCUCAUCAGUGAGUUCAUUUCAGGCAGCCAGCUCUUCUUCACCCACUACAUGACCAAGACCUGUGGAUAUAUCUGCUAAAUAUUUUUGGAAUUUAUCCACUUCUUUUGGUUCCCCAGUCCAAAACACAGUCAUUUCACCUGGAGUAUUUCAAUCAUUACACAGGUGUCCAACCUUUUGUCUUCCCUGGGCCACAUUGGAAGAAGAAAAAUUGUCUUGUGCCACACAUACAAUACACUAACAUUAACAAUAGCUGAUGAGCUAAGAAAAAAAAAGUCCGUGCAUAGUUUUAGUGAUACACCACCUCCGAUAAGCAAAAAAGUCCUCACAUUGAAUGGGUUGCAUACCCGUGAAUUCUAAAACUUCAUCCUCUUUUGUCCCUUUUGAGUUAACAUUACAGCCACAGUGACCUUUCAAAAAUGCAAAUUAAGUUACUCUUAAAACUCUAGUUAAAAUACUUGAUGUACAUAAAGUGCUUAGCAAAAUGACCAACUCAUACUAAGUGCUUAGUAAAUGUUAGAUAAGUAUUCUUCAGAGUUGAUGUAAAUUAUUUUUAAACACUGUAUUCUUGAAAGCAGUAUGGCAGUCAUAAAAAUUUUGGAACCAAAACAGUAUCUUUUUUUAAGCUAAAAAAAGUUUUAAAUGGUGUCUUUCUGUGUUGCCCAGGGUGGUCUCAAACUCCUGUGCUCAAGUGACCCUCCCACCUCAUUCUCAAGUGGCUGCAAUUACAGGCAACCAGCCUAACUUAAAACAGUAUCUUAAGGUAGAUGGUGAUUAGCACAUGUAGUAUGCUUAACAUUUAAUAUUAUAAUAAAACAUCACAGCGGCUGUAUCAUGAUUAAGGCUGUGUUCCCUUGUUGGUGAGGAAAUUAAUUAUGACUUGAUACAUAGAACAUGUUUUAAGAAGUGGCUAUAUAGCUCUGGAUAAAACGAACAAAAGAAUUAGAAUUCCUGCGGAGAAUAUAUACAAGACUAUUUAGUCAAGUAAAAAAAAAUCACUAAUGUUUAACUGAAGAAAGAAAUUGAAUAAUAUAGUUCUAUUUCAACAUGUGGGUUCACAGAUUUAUUCUAACCUUCCAAGUAAACUUGUUCCACUAGUAAAGUUGUUCUGGAGUAUAUUUUUUAAAAAAAACCACUUAAAAUGUUCCACUUCUUUCAUGAGGCUAAGUCAACUCUGAUAUUAAACCAAGGGGAAAGAAAUGAAAUUAUAGGUGAGUUUACUUAGUUAUAUACAAAAGGAAAUUAUUAGCCUCUGCUGAUGGAGAACAGAGGCUGUGAAUAAAUGGAGAUCCAUAACAUGAUCCUACAUGAAUGUUUCAAUAUUGUAAUCCUGUAAGUUACUUUUACAUUGACAGUUCUGAAAUUCAUGUUGAGUGUUAAUUAGGCAGGAAUCAGAAGGGAGGUUUUGUAGAAGGUCGUAUCCAUGGGUUUUUUAUAUUUGAAAAGUGUUUUCGAUGUAUCAUUGGGGGAGAUUAAAUGUCUUUGACAGUUAUCCAACUAGAAAUAAAGUCAGCAUCCCAUUUGACUCCUUACACAGAAGUUCAUUCUAUACUCAUUACAGACGUAAGAGGAAAAACUGUUAAGAUGGUAGAGGAGAAUGUAGAGUAUUUCUGUGCCUUUAGGUUCAGGAAGUCUUUGAUAAGCAGGACAAGGUCCAGAAGCCAUGAAGAGAGAAUGACAGGACUGUGUAGAAGAUUUAAAUCUUUUUCAUGGCGUAAGAUACUGUAUGCAAAGUUAAAAGGCAUAUGACAGGCUAAGAGAUAUCUUAAACAUACAUUAGAAAGGAUAUAGCCCUUGAAAAAGGGCUGUUGGAAAGCAGCAAGGAUAAGGUGCACAGUCUUGCAGAGCAUGUCAACAAAAUUUAUUGGAUGAAGAAAUUAAAAUGGUUAAAUAGAAGAAGUUCUCAACCUCACUAAUGAUCAGAUAAGUGCAGAUUGUAAAAGUCCUCAUCCCCACCAACACAAACCAGCAGAAAUUUUAUGUGAAUGUGAAGUUUGGAUAAUAUCCAGUAUUGUCGCAGAUGUGAGAAACCAUAUUUUCAUAUAUUGAGAGGGUAAAUUAGAGGAAAGCCAUUUUAGAGGGCAAUGUGGUGUUACCUGUCAGCAUUUUGAAUAUAAUUACCCUUUGCCACAAUUCUACACCUAGUCAGUUAUGUUCUCAAAAAGCACAAGUGCAGAAAUAUAGAUGCAUAAGCAAAUGUGUUGCAGAAUUGUGAAAAAUUUGGAAAAAAUGUUUAGUGCUAGUAAAGUUAUGGGUUACUUAAGUUACAGAAAAUCAGUUUAGUAGAUCACUGUGUAGUUACGGAAAAUGAGAUGGAUCUCUACUCAAAGAUGUCUUGCAGUUUAUGAACGGAGAUGUAAUUUCAUGACUAACAUGAUGACAUCGUUAUUAACUACAUAAACUUUAUAAAGCUUAAAAAAUGCA